AUGGGUCCUUAUUCAAUAAAUUCAAAUGGAACUUUUGAUAAAAAUGAGUACUCUUGGAACAAGAGAGCCUCACUCUUAUUUAUUGAAACACCUAAGGGAAAUGGAUUUUCAUUUGCAAAAAAUAAUAAUUACAGAACUGGUGAUAAUCAGACUGCUGAUGAGAACUAUGUAGCACUUAAACAAUUUUUCAACAAAUACCCAAAUUACAAAAAGAAUGAAUUAUAUUUUGCUGGAAUAUCCUAUGCGGGUUAUACUGCCCCCUUGCUUGCUAGACGUGUUUUGGAUGGAAAUAAAAAUUUUCGUUUAAAUUUAAAAGUAAAAGACAUUCGGACCUCACUAUACGAUAAAUUCUUGGGGUUGAAAAAGUUUUCUAAUCAUGUUUAG